GUUUCGGCUGUAUUAUUUAUCUCGACCUGGGCCGUAUCACGUCGUUCCAAUCGACUGUCUAACCUCGUUCUGAAGUUCUCGGCUUUUGCUUCCCCCCGACAACGACACCAGGAAUGAAACAAGGACGAACUCGUUGACUUUUUCACUUGUUGCUAUACACUGUGGCCGUUGCGAAGAGAAAGUCGUUCGCCGAUAUGCCUCAAGCCAACCAUUAGUCCAAAAAGAAACAGUACUGCGUAAACUUUUCCAAAAGAUUGUGCAAUCUACAAAUAACAAGGUCAAGUUACAGUUUUGGAAAUAAUUUAAUCUUUUGUUUUGUUUUUUCAAUCACAAUUUUCAUUAGCUGACAUGUGUAACUAAUAAUCUAUAUGUGAUCGAUUUCUGAUAAACCCAGCCAUCGCCGAGCAAAUGAGGUGUUGAUUUCAAGGUCCAUGGUCAUCGUCCGGAAGGAUUAGUCCCUGAACUUGAACCCUCUCAGGACACCUCAUUUGUAGAGGAUGAGUAUUCCGUAUUCCGAGAAAUCGGAUGUGGCUGACGCUCUCUGGAUCAAGGGCAUUUUCUUGCACCCAAUGGCUGUUCAACUGUUACGCCAACCCUUUAUAAUGGAAUGCGAAGUGAUCUCGUCUCAAUUUCAAGAUGCCUUGGCCAACAUCUUCUCCGUCCAAUGCUGUCGAAGUCAUUUUCUGCCGUACCAAGUGCGACAAAAUGGCCGUCAUUCACCAGAAUUAUUAUUUCCACCACAAUCGCAAAUACAAGGGAGGUGAUUACUGGUGCUGUGCUCAACGUGGGUGCAAAGUCCGUCUCAUCAGCAGCCGUGUCAAUCAUGAAUCCGGUCGGAUGGAGUUUUCGCGUCGCAAUCAGGCCAUCCAACAUGAGCAUGAGCCGAACGCACCCAAUCUGAUCGAGAAAGAAUUCCGUCGCCAGUUGGUCACUCAGUUCGAUAGAGUCACAGCCAAUAAAUCAGGAUCGCCUCAAUCAGCUACUCCUGUUUCCGUUCGUCUAGUCUACGAUGAGCUGCGCAGUCAGGCCAUCAAACGCGGCGUUCCGGAAUCUCUGAUUCCGUCUUAUUGGAAUAUUCGCAGCACCAUGUACCGUAUCCGUCGCAAGCGGGUGUUACUUCACGUUCCGUCAAGUAAUUCGGGUUCGGAAAGAAGAGAAACUAAUGAAACUUCUGCUGGAGAAGGAUCUGCUAGAUCCGGGACUUCUGAUCCAGAAUCUCCGAUCUCAUCGACGAUGGGUGAGCCAUCGACUAGUCCAGUGCAAUCGGAACCAUUGUCUCUGGUGACUUGGAAAAAUAACGCCCAGGAACAACAGCUUGUUGUCCGUCGCGAUCUCGUUCAUCCGACUACUUCUCCAAUCCUGUAUCAAUCUCUUCAGUCGAGCGGUUCGCCGUCAACUGCACCCAUCAAUCCGCAACUGCCAACCCAGUUUGAAGCUUCACCCAUGAUCACUCCAAUUCCGCCAAUUGAUCCAGAUCUUCUACGUUUUUCCAGUCAUUUAUUCCCGAGCUACUCCCAAUCUCCCACUCUUGCUCCCUCGUUUCCUUACCAAUCACCGGAAAUUAUGCGGUUUUAUGCUGCCAUGCAUGCCGAAUAUUUACGCUCGCUCUUUGCUCUCGGCUGCCAUCCUCGUAUGUAAUGGCCCUUAAUUGAUUUCUGCUCUUUCUUAUUGACGUUUUGCUAAUGACCAAAAAUUGACGAUGAACGACUCGUUCGGAACGUUUCAGCCUAAUUGAAUACAUCCCGAUCAACAGCACGUUGCCAUGGUACUAUGGCAUUUCUCGAACAGUAUAAGUUAAUGGUUGUGAUUACUAGUACCGUCGCAGCUAUGGUACAGCUUAGGAAUCGGUUCAACGGUUCCGCCGCUUGGCUUCAUCGGCUAUUGUACUUUUUAGGUCUCGAUCCUCCUCCUGGACCUAAAUGUAAGACAAACAUUUGGGGAUGGCUUUGCUUUCUGGUAAUGUCACAAGCCGGCCUUUUCGUGUUCAUCGUGAGGUCCGCUCCUCACUUGAAAGGAUUCCUCAUAAACCUGCCUGCCACUCUUCCGUUAUUUGACCGUUCCAUCCGCUUGUUCAGCGUCAGUUUCAUACAUUUGAUCUUGCUUUUGAAAUUGGGUGGAAUUCUGGACUCCAUGUGUCGUCAACUCAAUUCGGUGGAUUUGGAAUUACACCGACCUAAUCUCUCAAAAGUUCGUAAAGUUUCCAUCGCUGGAGUAAUUUGGACCCUCUUUGUGUGCAAUAGCCAAACUAUUUUCUCCAUGUACGUAGAGUCAUUUGAAAGAAGGAAGGAAUCUUUUUUCCCGUUCCUUGAAACUAUCCAGCAGUUCAUCCGGAUCGAGAGUUAUAUGAUUCUAGAUGUCUCUGUUGUCAUCUUCUCUGCUAGCGGCCAACUUUUGGUCACCUUUUAUCAGCAAUUGGUUCAGAAAACUAAUGCUGAUGCUUCUUUAACAAAACUAUUUUUUUAUUCUUCCAUCGCAACCCGAUUGUCGUCCGCUGUCACUUUUCUGUGCAGUCAGUUCGCUCUCAUCUUGUUGAUUAACUGCAUUCACUCGUUCUCCUGUCUCCUGUUUUUCACUGACGCGCUGAUGUCUGAAAUUGCCGCUCCUGAUCAAAGAAUUACUUCCUUCUGGACUUCUGUAGUUUUGAUUGAUGGCCUAGUCCGCUUAUGGUUGAUUUGCCACACCGUAGACAACAUCUCCAAUGCGGCUAAACAAUCCAUAUACAGCUUGAGAAAGCUGAGAGACUAUCCUUCAAGAGAUAUUACCCAGACGUAUCAGCGCAAUCAGGUGACGCUUUCUAUUGUGGAAAUAGCAGGAACCCUGCCUAAAUUCAGAUUAUAUGGACUAGUCACUUUGUCCAAGGAACUAUUGCUCCAGGUGAUGGAGACUACUGCGGCAUACGUACUCAUGUUGAAUGAACUAAAAACUUAGUUAGCGUAAGCAAUUUAGUUAUUUUUUAGUUGUUGUCAUCUUAUUUAAUUGAUCCAGGUUUUUUGAAAAAACUUUUUAGUAAAAUUUGUAACAGUUUAGUGUGAUCCCAAAAGAUUAUUUAGUUAGCACCUCCAAAAAUACUUUGAGGUCCGGAAUUGUUUUUUAGGACAAGUCAAAAUGCUGUUAGCAUACAAUAGUGGCUGGUGUAUAAUUCCACGUUAAGUUCAUAAAUAUAUGCACACUGCUG